ACCCCGGAACAGCUGAUAUGUCAGCCUCAGAAGAAAUCCGAAUAUCAUCAGAUUUCAGAGAGAAAAUGGAUUUUAAACGUUUUCUUCAGAGCCUGAAACACAAACUACUACCAGGUACAACAAGUGGAGUCAACCAGGACCGGAAAUACUCAAUAAAAAUGACGUCUCAUGGGAUUUUGUGACGCAGGGAUGGAAAAGUACUGGGUGUUCUGUUUUAACUGGUGACCCAAAUACUCUGCAGACAAGUUAAAUUAACAACUGCAACCAAAUCCACUGUGUAACAGAUAUAAACGGUUAUAAGUGUUCGAUUAGGGGUCACAACUUUACAGGGUCGCUGGUUUCAACACAACACCAGGUCAUGUAGUUUUGUAGUCAGUUGACAGCUCUGUGCUCAUGUUUAACCAACUGUCAGUUAUAAAUGUUAAACCGUCUGAUGUUUGAUGGUUUGAAUGUUUCUUAUUUACAAAAAAAGUUGUGAUUAAAAUGUGUAUUUUGGCGCUAAAAUGUCUUUGUGACAACGCCUUCAGAUGACAGCAAACAACAGAGAAGGGCGGCGGCGGGAAAAAACAGACCCUUAAAAACAUACAGCGAAAAUAUUUACAACACCUUGGCAGUGAUUUAUAUCAAACUUGUUGUAGGAGACACAUUUAAGUAACAUUUAGAUCAAACCUGUCUAAUUUCAUUCCGGAAGUGGAUUUUACUUUAACAGGUUUUAUAAACAUUAAUUUUAACACUAAACUAACAGUAUCAGCUGACAUUAAUAUUAGAUUCUGACCCUUUUUAGUGAACAAUAAACAUACUUUUUAAUCAGAAUCUGACAUGUUGCGUAAAGGCUCAUUUUAAUAGUUUUGUAACACCGGUUUCGCUCAGUUUUGUAACCCCGCACAAACAAAGCCGUUUGAAUUUCCCGCAGCUGUCCAUGCAGCACGUGACCUCAACUCGCCUCCUGAUUGGCUCCCCUGACACGUCAGUUUAAAGAGCCAGCGCGAGCUCCCUUCCUAUUGGCCAGCUGCGUUCUAGCGCCAAGAUUCCAAUAAAAAGGUCGAGCAGCCAUCAGAGCCCGCUUCAGUCUCUGCUCUCUGUGUCCUGCUGUUUGUUAGUUUAGUGUUUUUCUCUCUUUUUUAACUUCUUUUAGUUUGUUAACUUAUUCAGCUUUUUAUUCCCCUGCCUGUGUGAACUCGUGGAGACUAACAUGAUGUCUGCUCGCUCUCCUCUCUCCGUGAAGAAUGAAAACUCUCUGAGCAGUCAGAUCAGCAACAUGUCUGUGGACAAAGAAAACACGCCUCCGAGUCUGAACACGACCCGCAUCCUGGCGUCUAAAACCGCGCGGAAAAUCUUCGACGAGCCUCUGCCAGUGAAGAAGAGUGAGGAGGAAGAGGAGCCGCUGCUGAAGGCGAACUCUCGCCGCUUUGUCAUCUUCCCCAUCCAGUACCAUGACAUCUGGCAGAUGUACAAGAAGGCUGAGGCCUCGUUCUGGACCGCAGAGGAGGUGGAUCUGUCGAAGGACCUGCAGCACUGGGAGUCCCUGAAGGACGAGGAGCGUUACUUCAUCUCUCACGUGUUGGCGUUCUUUGCAGCCAGUGACGGCAUCGUCAACGAGAACCUGGUGGAGCGCUUCACUCAGGAGGUGCAGGUGACGGAGGCCAGGUGUUUCUACGGCUUCCAGAUCGCCAUGGAGAACAUCCACUCAGAGAUGUACAGCCUCCUCAUCGACACCUACAUCAAGGAGCCCACUGAGAGAGAAUACCUGUUCAACGCCAUCGAGACUCUGUCAUGUGUGAAGAAGAAGGCCGACUGGGCCAUCAACUGGAUCGGCAACAAGAACGCCAACUACGGAGAGCGAGUCGUGGCGUUUGCCGCCGUGGAAGGAAUCUUCUUCUCGGGCUCGUUCGCUGCGAUCUUCUGGCUGAAGAAGAGAGGCCUGAUGCCCGGUCUGACCUUCUCCAACGAGCUCAUCAGCAGAGACGAGGGUCUGCACUGUGACUUUGCGUGUCUGAUGUUCAAACACCUGGUGAACAAGCCAUCAGAACAAACCGUCACCAGCAUCAUCAGGAACGCCGUGGAGAUCGAGCAGGAGUUCUUGACGGAGGCUCUGCCCGUGAAGCUGAUCGGGAUGAACUGCGAUCUGAUGAAGCAGUACAUCGAGUUUGUGGCCGACAGACUGAUGCUGGAGCUCGGAUUCAGCAAGAUCUACCGGGUGGAGAACCCCUUCGACUUCAUGGAGAACAUCUCUCUGGAGGGGAAGACCAACUUCUUUGAGAAGCGUGUGGGCGAGUACCAGAGGAUGGGUGUGAUGUCGGGCUCCACAGACAACACCUUCAGGCUGGACGCGGACUUCUAGAGGACCCUCGUGGACUCACGGUUACCCUUUUAACUCUACCUCUCCCCCAGUGCAUGCUGGGACUUGUUUCGUCACAGGUGUUGAGAUGAACAGACUGUUGUUGGAUCUUUUUUAAAGAAGCAGCUGGUUCAGCUUCACUGCGAUGAGAUCAGUUAGUCACAGGCGAUGAGAGCGCUGCAUCCUGUAAAUAUCUGUUUUAGAUUAUUUGUUAUAUUUGUACAGUUUCAGUUUUUAUGCUGGAUGUUUGUUUUGUAAUAAAAGUUGCAGAAACAGAAA